AUGGUGCUCUCUCUCAGUAUCGAUCCCGAUGAGCUCAUCAAGACACUAAGAACCACUCCGGAUAAAAACGUAAAAGCAAACAUCUACACCGAAAACGCCGUUGCCAGCACGACCCCUUACUCGACUCGCUAUUCCAGCAAGGAAUCUAUCCCCAAGUACCGCUUGCCCCAGAAUGGAGCUCCAGGCGACGUUGCUGCGCAGCUGCUGCGCGAUGAGUUGGAUCUCGACGGGAGACCGAAUUUGAAUUUGGCUAGCUUCGUCGGAACGUACAUGGAACGGCAAGCCAAUGUCCUGAUGGCCGAGAACAUCGCCAAAAACCUGGCCGAUGCCGAUGAAUAUCCUGCGCUCAUGGCCAUGCACUCCCGGUGCAUCUCCAUCCUUGCCAACAUGUGGGGAGCACAACCCAAUGAAAAGGCUAUUGGGUCCGCCACGGUUGGGUCUUCCGAGGCUAUUAUGCUGGGAGGCAAGGCAAUGCAGCGUCGCUGGCAGGAGAAACGAAGAGCAGCCGGAAAGGAUACUCAACGUCCCAACAUCUUGAUGGGCGCCAAUGCCCAGGUGGCACUGGAGAAGUUUGCAUGCUAUUUCGAUGUCGAGGCGCGCAUCCUGGAUGUCUCGGAAAAGAGCAACUUUGCUCUGGACCCAGACAUGGUCCGCAAAAACAUUGACGAGAAUACCAUUGGUGUCUUUGUCAUCUUAGGCUCGACGUAUACCGGCCACUUUGAACCCGUGGAAGAAGUCUCCAAGGUUUUGGACAAGUACGAGGAAGAAACUGGCCAUGACAUCCCCAUCCACAUUGACGGAGCGAGCGGUGGAUUUAUAGCCCCGUUCACAUACGCUGGUGCCGGUCAGAAAUGGAACUUUGAACUCCCAAGAGUCAAGUCAAUCAACACCUCUGGCCACAAGUUCGGAUUAGUGUACGCUGGACUGGGCUGGGUCCUCUGGCGAGACGAAUCCUAUCUCCCCAAAGACCUCAUUUUCCAGCUGCACUACCUCGGAGGCACAGAAGAGUCGUACACGCUGAACUUUUCUCGGCCCGGUGCCCCAGUCAUUGGCCAAUACUACAACUUUAUCCAUCUGGGAUUCAACGGAUAUCGAGACAUCAUGGAAAACUGUCUUGCCAAUGCCCGUCUUCUUAGCAAGGCCCUUGAGCGCACUGGCUGGUUCAAAUGCGUCAGCAGCAUUCACCAGCCCAUUAAAAAGUCGAAGACGGCGAAAGAUGUAGUGCUUGGGUCAAGCUCAGGCGAAACAUCUGCUGACUAUGCAGCUGGACUCCCAGUUGUGGCGUUCCACUUCUCGGACGAGUUCCAAAAGGACUAUUCUCAUGUCAAGCAAGAGAGCGUCAGCAUCCUGCUUCGAGCUAAGCAGUACAUCAUCCCUAAUUACCCCCUGCCUCCGACUGCAAACGAGAUUGAAAUUCUGCGAGUGGUCAUUCGAGAAAGCAUGAGUGCAGACCUGCUUGAGCGUCUGAUAAGCGAUAUUGUGGCUGUAACCGAGAGACUGGUUAAGUCGGAUCCCGUCGAUCUCUCCAAUUUGCAGACUGAGGCACAUCACACGCGAAUUGAACGUCACCAGCGUAAAUCCAAGGCACAUGAACAGCAAAAUAGCGGGAAAAAUUGGAUGAAGUCAAUGGGACAGGGCGUGCACAAGAGCGUUUGUUAA